AAACGGUGAAGAAUCGAAACGCGAUAAACCGAAAAAGGAAGAGUGAUUGAAUUUUAAUUAAAAAGCGAAACCCUAGUAGUAGCUGAACUGCGUGGCGUGUGUGUGUGUGUGUGGGGGAUUGCAGAUAGAUUGCAGACCAGGAGAAUGUUGCGGAUUAUAUUGGUUCUGGCGGUCACCGCACCGGCACUGCUGCUGGCCGGUCGCAUACAGCUGGUUAACCUAGCCCCCGAGGAAGCUCAACGAUUUAUCACCCAGCAAAGUUUGGAUCUGCGCUACGCCAAAAAGUUGGGCGAACACCCGCUGGGAUACUUCCGAAACAUCCAGGAUCCAACCGAGGCCAAGUUCUACCACAAUGGGCGGCUGAUCGACAAUCCCGAGGACUACGUCGAGGAAUCCUACGAAGCGUCGCAGUUCCAUGGACAGGAUGGCCUUGGCCGAGCCAUGUUUGGCUACAACGAUCACAACCAGGCCCGAUUGGAGGCUCGCAACGCCAACGGAGAAGUUCGUGGCUCAUACCAGUACAUGGAUCCGAACGGUCAGGAAAUCGUCGUUCAGUACUGGUCCGACAGCCUGGGAUUCCAUCAGUUUGAUAACCGUCCGGAGGUUGUGCUGGAACCGGUUACGGAUACUCCGGAGGUUCGGGAAGCCCGUAUUGCACACAUGAAGGCAUGGGAAGAAGCCGCGAACCUCGUUCGAUCGGGUAAGCCUGCAACCAGCGUCAACAACAAGCCCAUUCAGAACACCGUUGAUGAAGAGGACGAUGAAAUCGUGGGAGCCUUGUCGAACCAACAUCAGAGUUUGGCCCGAUACCCCAGCCUGCCGUACACGGAUCACAUUUCUCCGGAUUCGGCUCCUGCUGCCUCCAACGAUGCGGUGGUCAUUGAAGCCCAGCGAAAUCUCAAGAAGCGACAGAACGAGGAAUCCGCUCAGGGAGCUACCAAUGAGGAAGAGGAGCCACAGUACGACCCAAAGGGAUUCUUCUACAGCUUCGAGUACCCAGUGUAUACAAUCGCACAAUCCGAAGCCGCUCGAGCUCGGUCGCAGAAAGUCAAACGAUCAACGCCGUUCAGCGAGACCAAAGUCGUUGAGGAAACUCCAGUCGAAGACAACCGAGUAUCGUUGAAGGCCGUCCAGACCGGAGAACAGCUUGUUGCAGCGGUUCAUGAUGUGCAGGUGUCCCCCAAGCAGCCAAGCAGCCAAGCAGUAUAAUUGAUUGAUCACCCCCGUCUCUAAUUGCCAUUUUUUUGCGUUAGACAAAAAUAAAAAGCAGACCGAUCUCCCUUCACGCAAAAGUCCGAAAUCGAUAACCAACAAACGAAGAGUCGAUGAUGAAUGUACAAGCCAAUGUAAAAAAUGAACGAAAAA